GCGGCGCGGGGGGCGGAGGGGCUGCCCCGCAGCGAGCGGGCACGCGGUGCUUCGGCGGUGCGAAGGGUCGGGGUGCGCCGUGAAGGAAACCCGGUGGGCUUCGGCCUGCGCGGGGCGGGCAGCGCCGUCCUUCUGCGUGCUGCAGCCCCCUCAGGCACCGCCGUGCUCGGUUGUGCGGGCAGAAAAUCCUGUUUUCUUGCAGUCGGAAUUAGGCCUCGUACCCGUGCGGCUUUUCACGCUGUUGUUGGUUGUUUAAGGAUGGCUGUUGGUUUAUAUAAAAGAUUCUGGAGUUUCCCCAGAAGCUUUGAUUGUCUCUGCGAAAGGGGAACGUAAUUAUGUGCAGUGACUUAAUGGAGCGUUUUCCUGACACAAAUACAUGGCGAAAAAUAACGAGAUGUGGUGGCCCUGAACAGCAACUGAUGAAAAUAAAAGCCCCGAAGUCUGUCCUCAGUGUUCCAUCUGCCCUUUCUUAUGCUCUUGGUGAAGUAGGAAGGGAGGAGAGAUGGGCAGCCUCUCAGGAGCUGGUAGCCAGGCGCAGAGCGAGACACCGGGCAGUCCUCCUCCCACACCGUGUGCUGAGGGAUGGGUUUAAAAAAUGGCUGAAGAUGGCAGUGAUGAGACUAUGUUUGUUUGGUGCGAGGACUGUGGGCAGUACCAUGAUUCAGAGUGCCCUGAGCUGGGCCCAGUGGUGACAGUCAAAGAUUCCUUUGUGUUGAGCAGGGCCAGAUCAUCUCUGCCUUCUAAUUUGGAGAUAAGACAGUUGGAAGAUGGGACUGAAGGAGUAUUUGCUUUGACUCAGCUAGUGAAACGUACCCAGUUUGGCCCAUUUGAAUCCAAGAGAGUUGCCAAGCUUGAAAAAGAAACAGUUUUUCCCCUAAAGGUGUUCCAGAAAGAUGGGCCCUUGUUAUACUUUGACACCUCAAAUGAAGAUGAUUGCAACUGGAUGAUGAUGGUGCGACCAGCCACUGAACACGAGCAUCAAAACUUAACUGCCUUCCAGCAUGACAAUGAUAUUUAUUUCACCACCUCCCGGGACAUCCCACCAGGAACUGAGCUGCGAGUGUGGUAUGCGGCUUUUUACGCCAAAAAAAUGGAAAAGCCAGUGCUGAAGCAGGUCACUAGUAUUUCCAAUGAUAUGUGCUUGGUAGUGAUGGAAUGUGAUAAAGAGGGGAACAAAGUCUCUUCAAAGCCCUCGACUGUCGUCUUCCCCCAUAAAAAAACGAAGAAAUCCAGCAUAUCAGUAGCUGAUCCAACAGUGAGCACUCCAGAAGGCGGUGGAGCUGCAGAAACAGAGCCCAGCCAGUGGACAUGUAAAGUGUGCUCAUCUGCUUUCCAGGAGCCUCAGCUGUUGACAGAGCAUUUGAUGAGUCACCUGGAACAAGCUAAAUGUGCCCCCCAAACCGGCCAAAAUGAGGCUGCUGCAGAGAAGGUAACAGAGGCUCCCCCUGCGGAUCCACCAGUGGUUUGUGAUGCUGCUAGUGCCAGUACAGACUCAAGGAGAAAGGCCAGGCGGGGAAGGAAGAUCAAAACAGCAAAAGCAGAAACAGAAGCACCCCUUGUUGCUGCUGAAGAGAAAGAUCCUGCAGUGGAACGUGUAGCUGACACUGCAGCUGAAGUCCCGCCAGAAGAGGUGGCUCUGCCAUCAGCUGCGGAAGAGAGGAUUAUGGAAUUGGUUUUAGGAAAGAUGCCUAGCACCACAAAUAGCAUCAGUUCAGUCACAAAUAGGUUUGCUCAUCACCAAAACAGCAUGUCCCUCAAAAGAAGUUUAAUUCUCUCCAGUAGACACGGUAUACGGCGGAAGCUGAUAAAACAACUUGGGGAGCACAAAAGAGUCUAUCAGUGCAGUAUCUGCAGUAAGAUCUUCCAGAACAGCAGCAACCUCAGCAGGCACAUCCGUUCUCAUGGUGACAAACUAUUUAAAUGUGAGGAAUGCGCAAAGCUGUUCAGCCGUAAAGAGAGCUUAAAGCAGCACGUUUCAUACAAGCACAGCAGGAAUGAAGUUGACAGUGAGUACAGAUACAAGUGCACAACAUGCGAAAAGGCUUUUCGAAUAGAGAGUGCCUUGGAAUUCCAUAACUGCAGGACAGAUGACAAGACAUUCCAGUGUGAGAUGUGUUUCAGAUUCUUUUCUACAAACAGUAAUCUUUCCAAACACAAGAAAAAGCACGGAGAUAAGAAGUUUGCGUGCGAAAUCUGCAAUAAGAUGUUCUACAGGAAGGAUGUGAUGCUAGACCAUCAAAGGCGACACCUGGAAGGGGUGAGGCGUGUGAAAAGAGAAGACUUUGAACACAGCACGGAAAACAUGGUUCGCUACAAGAAGGAGCCUUCGGGAUGCCCUGUGUGUGGGAAGGUGUUUUCAUGUAGGAGCAAUAUGAACAAACACCUUCUAACACACGGAGACAAGAAAUACACCUGUGAAAUCUGUGGACGUAAAUUUUUUAGAGUGGAUGUGUUGAGAGAUCACAUUCACGUCCAUUUUAAGGAUAUAGCACUAAUGGACGAUCACCAGAGGGAAGAGUUCAUUGGUAAAAUUGGAAUCUCAUCAGAGGAAAAUGAUGACAAUUCUGAUGAAAGUGCGGAUUCUGAGCCUCACAAGUAUAGCUGCAAAAGGUGCCAGUUAACUUUCGGCCGAGGAAAGGAGUACUUGAAGCAUAUAAUGGACGUGCACAAGGAGAAAGGCUAUGGCUGUAGCAUUUGUAAUCGACGUUUUGCCUUGAAGGCUACUUACCAUGCACACAUGGUCAUUCACCGGGAGAACCUACCUGAUCCUAAUGUGCAGAAAUACAUCCAUCCAUGUGAAAUCUGUGGAAGGAUUUUUAACAGUAUAGGGAAUCUGGAAAGACAUAAGCUUAUACAUACAGGUGUAAAAAGUCAUGCUUGUGAGCAAUGUGGCAAAUCAUUUGCUAGGAAAGACAUGUUAAAAGAACACAUGCGGGUCCAUGAUAAUAUCCGAGAAUACUUGUGUGCAGAAUGUGGCAAAGGAAUGAAGACAAAACAUGCGCUUCGUCACCACAUGAAACUUCAUAAAGGGAUUAAAGAAUAUGAAUGCAAGGAAUGUCACCGAAAAUUUGCACAGAAAGUCAACAUGCUGAAGCAUUACAAAAGACACACGGGAAUCAAAGAUUUCAUGUGUGAGCUCUGUGGGAAGACUUUUAGUGAGAGAAAUACAAUGGAGACUCAUAAGUUGAUUCAUACAGUAGGAAAACAGUGGACAUGUUCAGUCUGCGAUAAGAAGUAUGUCACUGAUUACAUGCUCCAGAAACACAUACAGCUCACUCACGAUAAGGUAGAAGCCCAGAGCUGUCAGUUGUGUGGGACAAAGGUUUCUACCAGGGCAUCCAUGAGUCGACAUAUGAGGCGUAAACAUCCUGAGAUUCUUUCAGUGAAGAUUGAUGAUCUAGAGCAGCUGCCAGAGACUACAACCAUUGAUGCCUCUUCAAUUGGGAUUGUUCAGCCGGAAUUAGCCUUGGAACAGGGAGAAUUACCAGAAGGAAAACAGCAUAUGAAAGCUCCUAAGCGUGGCCAAAAACGAAAGCAGAAGUCAGGUGAGGAGGAAGAAACUCAAGUGCCCGAGGACUCUGCCUUCAGUGAAUACACAGAGAAGGAAGCUGAAUUUACAGGAAAUGUUGGAGAUGAGACUAAUUCAGCUGUACAGAGCAUUCAGCAGGUGGUGGUGACCCUUGGUGACCCAAAUGUCACGGCACCAUCCAGUUCUGUUGGACUGACAAAUAUAACUGUUACCCCCAUUACAACGGCAGCUGGAACACAAUUCACAAACCUCCAGCCAGUGGCUGUGGGCCACCUGACUGCACCGGAGCGCCAGUUGCAGCUGGACAACUCCAUUCUCACUGUGACGUUCGACACCGUCAGCGGUUCCGCCAUGCUGCACAACCGCCAGAAUGACAUUCAGAUCCAGCCGCAGCCAGAGGCAGCCAAUCCUCACUCUGUGGCCCAUUUUAUAAACCUAACCACCUUGGUGAACUCCAUUGCUCCCCUAGGAAACCAGAUAACAGAACAGCAUCCUCUGACGUGGAGGUCGGUGCCUCAAACUGAUGUCUUGCAGCCCCCGGCACAGCCAGCGCAGCAGCAGUCAGGACAGCAACAGGUUCAAGCAGAGCAACAGCAACAGAUGUAUAGCUACUAAUUUAUACUUUGAAAAUGUGAAGUGGACAGUAGAGACAAAAACACACAGAUGUUUGGAAAAUUUCUAAUAGGAUUAUUUGCUGGAUACCAAACAGAGAUGGAAAAGUGUUUAUACAGUGAAAUGUAAGCUAAAAUUGGCAUCGCACCCCGCAACACCUGUGAGAAUCUUGAGGUUCUCACAUCAUCUCGAAACCUUGCAAUGUUUAAAAAAAAAAAAAAACCUCAAAAACAAAACCAUCAUGAAUUUAGUACCCCUGCUAAAUUGUACUGUGUAUUUUGCACUGUGAAUUUUGGGCAGUGAGAUUGAAAUUUGACAGGAAGCGUCAUAAUACAUCUUAACCAAAGCAGGGAAGGAAAUAACAUGGCACUGGAAAUUCAGAAAACCUUUUAGCCAUAACAUGACACUUCCUUCCAGUCUGUACAUUUUCUAUGAAGACCGUGUUGACAGUGAGCUGGAAUACACUUGUGGUCAGCUGGUAGAGACUGAAAUGUACACACAAACGGGCAAAACAAUAAUUGUUUUCUUUCUCCUUUUGGUCUUUCUAACAACAUUGGUGUAAUAGGUGGAGGCUGGGACUUGGGGGUGGGGCUGAGUGUGGCAUGGAAGAAAAUAGACCAUUUUUACAAGUAUUUCCAUUUUAGAUGGGAAAAACCCUGUACCUGUAACACUGUUAGUGCUACUUGAAUCACGUAGCUGGUCUAUUACUAAAGCAACUUCUGUGGUCUUCUAGUCAAGUCUGAAUCAAACCAGUUAUGAACUGAAACAAGAAUGUGAUACAGUUUUAUGUAAUUUUUAAAAACUGCUCUUUCAAACUUGCUUUUAGCUAAUAGAUCCGAAGAGUAAUUGGUCCUCUUUGAUCAAGUUCAGGAUGUGAAUUUUUUUUCAAUUAGUCUUCUUUCAUCGUGUAAUAAACAUUUGAGAAAGUAUUCUUUUUAUAUAUAUAUACAUACAUAUAUAUAUAUAUAUAUAUAUAUGCCUUUGUACUUUACUGUGCAUUUCUGGUGAAUAUUUGUGUGAAGGACACUGUUAUCAAUAUAAGUCAUUAAUUUUUUUCAUCCUUCUAUUGCCCUUUCUCACAGAAAUAAUGCAUGAGUUCUAGUCCGUUCUAUUGCCAGCAUCCAUAGCCACACAGUUGUGUGAAAUGUAAGACAAAAGAAAGUCUGAAGCAUGAUUGGCCACGUGGAGGCAGCAUGCCCUAGUGUAGAAGGGGCAGGGUUUGCAUGAAUAUUGGAGCUACAAAUGAGGGGGUUGGGCAGUCAGAGGGUGACAAAGCCACCCGCAGCAGGGGGUUGGAACGGAAUGGGCUUUAAGGUCCCUUCCAACCCAAGCCGUUCUGUGGUUGUGAUUCUGUGAAAUACAUCAAUGCUGAUACAACACUUUGAUUCCAUUCUCCAUAUUACUGAUGUGCAGUCUGGACGUUUGCAUGUCAAAAAGACAGUAUCUCUCCCCCAGAUAAGAACAGCUGCUAUGAAAAAGAAAUUAACUAAAAAUGAGCAACAACAAAAAACCAAACAAACAAAAAGAAAACAGGUGCUUUCUGGAAUGCUGACAGCCAAAACUGUCCUACCAGCUGCAGCUGAAGAACAAGUUCCUUUGGGGCUGCAAAUUGAGCCAGCCUCAGAACCUUACUUAAGAUUUUUGCCGGGUAUAAAGCCUCUGCUGUGUUUAACGGUGAAGAUAGAUUGAUGGUUGUAAAAAUCCUGUCUGUGCCUAUCAUAUUUAUGAAAAUGUUGUAUGUAUUAGCAAAGAAUAUGAGUAGGAAUGAGUUUGUCUUUGAAAGUCUGUAUUAACAUGGACUACCUGACCCCUAAACGAUGCCUUAGAAUCUCUGCAACAAAUCCUUCCAAAGUAUAAAUGACUGGAAAUUAAAGUUAACCUUCCAUGGCUUUCCUUGUGCCACAGCAGUGUCCAGAGGCAACGCUGUGCGAGGCUCUGUGUAAAGCCUAAUUGCAACAGAAUAUGGUGCAAUUAGGAAAGGAUGUAACAAAGGAGUUUCUGGUGACAGAUUUUGUGUCAGAGAAGCAGAGCUACUUUUCUGCAAACGUCAACGAGUCUAUAAAUGUCUCUAUGAGAGAGAUCUACAUUUGAUGGGUCAAGAAUGCAUAUCAGAAAGAGCAAACGUCUUUUACCAGUGCAGAAACAAAAGAAUUUUCCACUCCCUAGCCCCUUAUACGUCUUCCCCAGAUCAUUUUCAAAUAACAGUCUAUGAUUAUGUAUUUUUUUUUGGCCUCCCAAGAACUAGAGCUCAAUGCCCCCCUAUCAUCUGGAUUAUUCCACCACUGGCUCAGGCCGGGUAACCUCCUCAGCUGUCUUCCCCACAAGUGCAAAACCUAUUGGUCACGAGGAAGCUAUGUUUUAUUUAUAAAAUGUGUUGUUUAUGUACUUGAAGCUUUUUUUCUUUUGCUGAGUGAUGCCUAAUUGGGAAAAGCACGUUAUAAUUUGGCAGGUAGAAUGAAAAAAAAAGUAGAAAGAAAUGGAGAGGUCCUGGAUCAAGUUAUUGUGGUAAAUAAAAGAUGGCUAUGAUCUAAAAGAAAAAAUACAUAAAUAUAUACAACCAUGGAGGGUUACAGUACUCCAUAUAGUGUUUCUGGAAGAUCGGUUAUUGGUCUAGACGUAGGUGAUUAUGGUUUUAAGUGGGAUUUUUUUGCCUCAGCUGCAGAGCGAGUACAACUAUUCUAUGUUAAUACCGCUGACGGUAGUAUUCAGGAUGUAUUGAAUCAGUCCAAGCCAUUUUAACAUGUAGUUGCCUGACUAUAUGAAAUGAACGGUGAGUGCAGGUCAUCACUCAUUACAGAUACCUCUCUUACUUCACAAAACCCCUUUAUCCCAAUGUGUGAUCCUCUGGUUUUCCGUAGUCUUAUACUGGCCGUGUCAUCCAUCCUGCUCUUCCUGGACCACCAAAUCUGAGCCAGGCAAACCAAAAUCUUGCACUUCUGAUAGUGAAUUAACUAAUUUAAAAAGGAACAAUCUGAAUGCACAAUAAAUGCUUGCGUGUUGGUGGUCACGUGGAAAAGAAAUUUCUCUCUUCAGUUUUCCAGUAGCCUCCAAAUCUUAAAUGAUAUUCUGCUUAAGGAGGAAAAAAUGAAGCUCACUUUGAGUAGGCCAGGCAAUAGAAAAGCUGAACCUUCCAGAACUCUCCUUUUAGAAAUAACUUUGACUUUCCCUGCAACCUUUGCUGUGGUAUCUUGCCAUCUCUCAGUGUGACUUCGUUAUUACUACUAUUAUUAACACCCCCAUGAGAACAAAGCUGUAUCUUGAGUGUGCUGCAACAGGAAAAGCUUCAAAACAAUGAUUUUUUUGGAGAAGUUGGAAAUGGAUUCCUUUUCAGAUGGCACUUACCUUGGAGAACUAGUGAACAGCUGCUCUCCCAACUAAGCCUUUUGCAAACGAAUACCAAAGUUAUACUGACGCUGUUUCAACCUGCACAACAAAUAAGAAUGUGUAAGGGACGUGCAAUCUAAAUUUCAUUUGCCAAUUUGUUACUAGCCUUUUCAUCUAUAAGAUAUGAAGGUUACUUUUUUCAGCCAUGAGUUGGAGAUUUUGCAUAAUGACUGUUCAGUAACAAACUGGAAUGAUUUUGAGCCAAAGGAGUGAUGUGUAGUGCUGUGUACUGUCUUUGUUUAUUGGUAAGACUAUUAUUUAAUUGAAUGCUGUCUGUGGCACAUGGGCUCUGAAGUAAAGGAGCAACAAGGUACAGAACCCUUCUCUACUAGUGUUUUUAUUCUGUUCUGGUCCUCAAUUAACAUAUCAGACUUUUUUCCUUGAAUCACACAGGCACGCUUCAAAAGCAGUAAGAUUAGUAGUUGUCUCAUAGAACUUUGUACCCAAAGUAUCCCAAAAUAUGCAGGAAAAUGGGGUAGCAUCCUGAAACGUUUAUUCAGCUUGUUACUAUGCUAAAUAAAAAACAGAGGAGAUUGCAUCUUUCUCAGCAGCGGUCUGUGAUGAAUUUUGUCAGGAAAAGCUACUGUAUUAAGUGCCAUUACUCUCCCUAUAAACUUUUACUUUGAGAUGUGUCAAUAGAAAAGUAUUUUUGCAGAACAGUAGCAGUCAGUUUGUGCAUAGACAACUAACUUUCUGCACCUUUUUACUGGUUCAGAAAUCCUCUGAAAUUAAGAACUGGAAAACAGAUGAAUUUAUUUCUAGAACUGAUUUUUCCUAUCAAUUUGUCAGAAUGAUUUACUAGUGCUUUGCACACAAGAAGAUGCCUGAAUUUCUCACCCGGAAAAUUAGGACUGGAAAAAAUACUCUAUGUCCAAGUGAUAGUCACGUAAAAACUGCGUAGGUAUUACAUGAAAGUAGAUAAGGAAAAUAGCUUUAUUGGUAUUGCUUUGUGAAUUCUUUUUCAGGAAUGAUAUAUCCUUGGUGCUGUUUCAGCUAUUUAAAGUAAUACUGUCACUCCUCGUAAUUACUGCUGGCCUUAUAUUUAUUAUCAGUAUAGAUAUACUUCUUGGAUAAUCCUUAACCGUUUGUAUUUUUGGCAUGUCUCUUUGUGGCGGUUGUGAGUGCAUUGGCCUAAUCUGGUAUAAAGGGAGAAGGAAACACACUGGAGGAGGAUACUCCUGAUCUGCACCACAAUUCACUGCAAAGUUCUGCUCCAAGGAGUUUGGGGCAAAGACUGUACAAGCCAAGUGACUUGCGUCUGUGAGAUCAGCUGCCAAGAUUUGUAUUCACUUAAGGGGUUUUGCCAUGUAGCAAAUCCAAAGUUGGCAACCGGACAACAGCAACAACAAAAGCCACUUCCAUAGUGUUUGUCAUCACCUCAGAGCGAUUUUCUUCAGCGCUGAGAUGCUACUAUCAUAUUCCCAAUGUAAAUGGCAAGAAGCUGUUAAGUUUUCUUGAUGAAAAAUGUUGGAACGCUUUAGAAAGCAAGUUACUUCACCAUACAGUGUAACUAUAGUUGGGAAAUACGUUUUUUGCUCUGAAAUGCUUUGAGAAAGCUGUUCUGGAUUUCUUUUCUCUCUCAGGUCCUGAAGAACUACUCUGUGUGGCUACUGCUGCCAGCUACAAAAGGCAGACUUCAGUCCCAGCUGGAAUUACCAUACAGUACAGACCCUGCAGUACAGCCUAACGAUGGCUGAUGCUUUGGAUCACUUUCCCAGAGUUCAAGCUUGCUGUUGCAGAAUUUACCUUCCUAAAGCCAAGCUGAAAGGGGCAGAAAGGUGAGACUCCUCCAAGAGACUUCAGCCUUACUUCUCAAGUUGGGAUUUUAGCAAAAUUGUAGCGUAAUGCUGUUGCCUUUGUCUUAUCCAUGAGCUGUUUUGACUAGUUACAGUUACAGUGACUUUAGAACAGCUGAUGUCAAAAGCAAUUAAAAUUACUGAGUUUAGGCAUUUAUUCCACCUGAAGCAGAGCUUUUCAAAUCUAAUGUCAUUUUGCCAUCAGUUGAGCUCUCUAUCUUUCUGUUUACAAUUAGAUUUUGAUUCUAGAAAGUUUUGAAGGUGUUCAGUAAUUGUAACAAAAAUUAAAUGGCUAUAUAUAUAUAUAUAUAUAUAUAAGAAGUGUAGUGUAGUGAUGGCAGAAUGAGAGGUUAAAAUUGGCAGACCCAGUGGUGCUAAUUUUCUGCAAGCUUCUGCCCUUCUCCUACCCAUGUGAGUCUAAGGUUCUUGCUGUGACAUUGAAACAAGGAGACAGCACACAUACUGUGGCUGGUUUGCUAGAGCAGCCUGCAUAUGGUCUGAUGAGCUGGGUGUUGUUAAUGAAGCCAGAUACCAGCUAAGUUCUCCUGCCUUCCCUUCAAGCCCUGCGCUCAUUUUAUUAUCUUGCCCCCACACAGUUGGCAGCUUCCACUGAACUCAAAGGGGAGUGGGCAUCUCUGAGCCUUGUACCCAUGAACUUCAAGAAAUAGACUCAAAACUGGAAAGAAAGAUGAGACUGGGGCAUGAGAGGCAAUAAAAUGCACUGGACAUAUAAUUAGAUAGAUAAAGGCAGAGAAAACACAGACUUAGCCUGCUGUACAAAACUGCAUAGUAAGUUCUGGUAGAUGCAGUCCUGUUAACUAAAGUAGUGAUUACUGUGUUCAGAUUAUUUUCUCUAGAAGAACCUACAAGUGUAGAGGGGAAAACAUUCAUGUGCACUUAGUUUACCAUAAAUUAAAUGCAAAGGUAAAACAGUGUGUUAUACGCAGGAACAUGCAGAAACCAAAAUGCAAGAUGCACAAAUGAUAAGAGAACGUAGCAGGUCCACAUUUCAUCACUUCUGGAAAGAGCUAUAGCAAGCUUGUGGGCAGCAUUUUCUCAAGACUGAAUGUUCUUUCUCACACACAGAAAAAACCUGCUCUGUUGUGUAUGUGCUACAACCACGUAAGUUUGACACGAGGGGUAUUACAGUAGAAUAAAGAGGGGUGCUUUGCAAUCAAAGUGCAAAACAACGACGAAAUCAAAUGAGCAGAUUAAAGGGAAGGGUGGGGAAGUGCUUACCCCAGCUCCUUGCCAAGGAAAGGGAGAUGAAAAUAAAUAAAUAAAGAAGGUAACAGCAUGUAUGAGCUCUUCUUCCCUUCUUUCCACGUCCAUGCCUGUGUUAAGACCCGAAUGUGAGCUUUCAAAGAAUAAAUAACUGCUUUUGCCUGCUUGCUGUAUAAAUGGCAUCUGUACCCAAGGGCCCUGGUGAUCAUACAGAAUUCUGCGAGGUGUCUUCAAAAUGCAGAUGGGUAAAGUUGGAGCUGUGUGUACAAAGGGUGGGGCUCUUUGGGGGCUGUCAAGAGUAACAGCUCCAUUGCUGUGAAGUAUGAGCUGCUGCAAACAGAAGGCUUCUGCUGAAGAAACAGUGCAACCCGUGACAAAGCACCAUUUAUGAAGAUGGAAAAGAAAGAAGCUCAGAUUGCAUAAUCAGAGAGAAAAAUGAGAAACUUUGUCCUGGAGGCAAGUGCAUCUAUUUCUCAUUCACUCUCCUCCCUCUUCCACUACUUUUCCCAUGAAACGCAUGCAAAUCCCAACAGGCAGUAAGUUUUCCUCCAGGCAUGAUAUACCUGUGUGGUUGUUCAGGUAAGGAGUGGGUUGAAGAGAAAUAGAUAUGAGGCGUUUCUGGCUGAAGCCUCGGAAAAGAGUGGCGUUGCAGGAUAAUUCAAUCACCCCUGAGCGCAUUUCUAGCUAAGGGAUAGCUGCUGUAAUUAUACGCUACACACAUCGCCUUCUUAAUUAACUUCUCCUUCCCUCAGAGAAGCGCAGGAGCUCUGAGGGGACGCGACUCUGCCGCCAAAAUGGGGGCGGCUGCUGCGCAGGCGCACUCGGCUGUCACCCGCGUUCCUACCGACCUCGCGCCGCCAGCCGGUAGCGCCACUGAUCAGGCGGAGUUGGGAGAGGAUGGCCCGGCUGUGAGCGGGGUACAGCGGGGCGGCUGAGGGAGGCUCGGUCCAAGGGGUUUGGGAUGAGUCUUUCUUCUCUUGCGUCAGGUUAAACAGUACCAGUGCUGGUGAAGGAACUGUGAAUUUGGGGCAGAAGGUCCCAGAGGGCUGAUCACACAGUUUCCUGGUGAGCAGGAGCAGGCAGAAGUGAAGGAAGAGGAGAAGAUGAAAAUAUGCCAAAGAAAGAAGUGUCUUAACAUGUUCCCCCCAAAGAACAGUGUAAGUAUUUUCUUCACCAGAACACUCACUACCUCAGUCAGCUGUCUACUGAUGGGCAUACCUUCCUGUGUGCUAAAGAGAAAGGGAGAGGUAUCUGGUUUUUUUUCUGUUUUUAUCUGCUUGGAAUAUGUUUAGAAGUUGUGGGUAAUUUGGUGAAGGAAAGCAAAAGUACUCUGGGUAAUUGAAGCAGAAUUGACUCAAAUUUCAAGCUGUUAGUGUUCUGAACAGAUUGUUAUCUGUUCAAGAAUGAAAUUAAGUUACUGAUAAACAAUCCUUUUCAUUAAGCCUCAACUAAGUUUUCUUCUGAAAGGUAUUCAUAAUGAAAAAGAAUACUGAAAGAGUCUAAAUGCGGUGAUAGCUUAUUCACCAAACUGACAGAUGCGGGUUAUUAAUUAACGUAUCUUUUGUAAGUUAUUUGUAUUGCCACUAAGCAAUUUCUGCAGGUUUAAAUUCAGAACAAAUGUUUGUUUGCCAGAACUGUCCCAAGCAUUUUGCCAAUGAAAGGCUGCUGUGUCCCCACGUGAGGGGACGUGGUAAGUGAGAGCUUUUUAAAAUAAAUCAUGGUUUUCUCAAGCUCACCUUACGCAGGAGAGCUUUUGUAUUGUUAUAUCAAGUAGGAAAAUUAAUAGACAGAACUAGGGCAACUGAGUUACAAACAGUGGAAAGUAAGAAUUUCACUGCCAGUCCCUCUGAAGCAUAGGAACUCCCUUCUCCAUGCUUUCUGAUCAAGAAGCUUAAGGGACUUUUCAGUGUGAGCUUUUCUAUUUUGCAGUAGCUCCCUGAGCAGAUGCUUAUUCUUCAUUUGCAUCUUUGUUUCUUUGCUUUCACAACAGGCAGAAUGGUUAAAGCCAAAGCAGUGUCUUAGCUUGGGCUGCAACUCUGCUCGCUUUGCAGCACAUCAUCAGCUUCACUCAAAUGGAACAGUCCUUCCCUGACCUAACCACAAUCUGCCCAAGGUCCCCAAAUUAUUCCCACAAGUUAUACUACAACAGCUAUGACUUGCUGGGAAAGAAUCCUACAGCAGCUAAGCACAAGGAAACGUGAUUUUGCUCUUGGACAUACAGGAAAUGCAGAAGCCAAAAGGUGGGUGGGUCUUUGCUUUGGGAACAGGAAUAUUUGAGCCAUGUAGACAGACCUGGGUACCAGUUAUUUAGGUUGUAUAAACAUAAAAUAGCUUUGUGCAGACUUGCUCAGUCACAGUAGAUUCUACUUUCUAGCUGCAUUCAUAAAGAAAACAUGGUUUUUCACUGUCUGCAAAUCAGUCCAUUGAUGUUUAACAAGUAUGCAUUUAAUUUGAUGCUUACAGUGAGCUACCAGGACUAAGCAUUUAAUUUGCAUUUGAAUUCUUUUAUACUUGACAUGCAUCUGAUUUAAUCUUAAUUUUUAUAUCUUAUUAUAUAUAUAUAAAUAUCUUAAUUUUUAUAUUUUAUGUUGUGAAAAUAGAGUGAUUUUUCUGUGUUUCUCAUACUAGUUUUAUUCUUUUGGCCAGAAAUUGGAAAGAAAUAUUUUUUAUUAUUUUUAUUAGCUGAUGAAGCAGUUGAAAUAUGCUGAGUUUUUGUUGUUUUUUUAAUUAAAACAUAGCAUUUUGAAAUGGAGUUGAUAUAGAAAAUAAAGCGUGCGAUUAAUAGAACUGUUUGCUUCUGGUCCCUCUGGGUAUAUGUAAACCUUUGUGAACUGUACAAGGAGCCUGGCUAACCUCAUUCCCUGGUAACUCAGACUGUUCUGCUUGCGCAGCCAGGGAAAAUCACAGGGUUGCUAGACCUGGGAAGAAGGAUGAGGUGUUACUGUGUCAUGUCCCAGUAAGCCACUGUGAACCAGCUACAACGUGAACUCAGCUGAGGAAGCUGUGAAGCAAUUCUUGAUCCAACUGUUUAAGCACAACCUAAAUCCCUUCAGACGUUAGAGCCAGUUACUUUCUCAGUUCAUGAUUCAGCUUUCUUUACAAAUUCUGGCAGCAUACUAAUGCCAGUGCACAUUGCCAGUGCAGACAUGGCAUUUUCAGAUUCUUACACCGGUAUUUCGUAAUAGCUUGCUGGUAAUAGAUAAUUAUUGAAAUUUCCUUUAAAAGGGUUUGCCUACCUCUAAGAAAUUAGUGUGAAAUAAGUUGCUAUGCGAAUGCAAAUGCUGCAGGUAUCCUGAAAUUGCUCCCGACAUGGAAACAUUUACAUGCCAGGCAACCAGGUAAACUGUCAGAUACUGCUUUUUCAAGAGGCUGUUGAACAUCACCGAUUCAGUUUUAAAUACUGAGUUAUUCCAGACUAAUUUUACAAAAGUAGCUACUUAUUUUAGAAAGGAAAAGAAAAUUCCUCCUAGUUUAAGACAAACGAUGAGGAAAAGUGUCUGUGCAAGGAAUAAUUCUGGAGUAGUUAGAACAAGCCCUUCAUUUUUUACAUGACCACUUCACGUUUUUCACUGGCCACCUGUUAAGCGCUGAUCUGAUUAUAAAAUAAGGCAAUGUUUCAAGGCCUUCCAUAUAACAGAUUUAUCUAAGUCCCAAACUUCUUUACUGAGACUCUUCCUACGACAUUCAUCAAGUUGCUGAUUCACUUGCAGCAAAGCAAGCACUUGUUCAGCUUAAGAUGUUACAGUCCUGCCUGCCAACCUGCUAGAGGUUCUCCUCUGUUCCAGAGUCAGCAGAGCCAACCUGUGCCUCAGCCAGUGCAGUUCAAAGUCUGUCAGCUUAGCAACCACCUACCAUUAUUAUGCCUUAAGCAAAAAUAUCCGAAUGUGAAAUGGGGAGGCGGAGGACAGACACAUACUCCUUCUGCCACCUUAUAAAAGAGUGGUAAUACCUUAAACAUUAAAAGCAGAUUUGCCAGUGCUUGUCUGUCAAAAGGCCUCCAGACAACAUGCACCUUUUAGGAAUUCUCCCAAAGUGCUAAAGGCAAGACUAUAAUCAUCCUUCUGUUAGAGCCUAGAGAAUGAAAUGUGAUCCUCUACGCCUCUUUCCCUUACCUUUUUGGAAAGUAACUUCAAACACCAUGAGCUUAUAUAUGCAUGUAAAAGAUUAUAAGACUGACUGUUAUUCAGCUAUUCUCUCUAUUGUAUCUGCGUUCCAGUUUUACCUUAUUUCUUUCUCUGUACAUUUGAUUCCCAAAUUACUAUAAUGUUAUUUUUAAUAUGAGCUUUAUAUAUAUUUGUCAUAUGGACAGAGUAUCUUGAUGAAGCUGUGUUACAGAACUGAAAGCAUCUUCCUUUCUGUAGUUAAGUCUGUUACGUCUCCGCUUUGUAAUAUGGUAUGCACAAAUGCCUUCUCACUGGAAAUGUGCAUCUGAUUCCAACAGUGUAAUAAAUGUCCUUACCACUGUUACCUCUGUGUCAGCAGGGAAGAAAAUGUAAGGCUUGUAGCAACACCCUCAGCUAGCCCUGAGUGAGUGUCUUACAUAGGUGUUCAUAAAGAUAAGAAAACUUUUCAACUGCUAAAAUAGUCAUCUGUUCAAUUAAGAAAUCCAGUAGAUUUAUCUGCCGUUCAUCUGCCUUUGUAUGUUGAAAUGUUGUAGUUGAUGAACUUCGGUGAAGUAGGACUGAUGCGUUAAAGGUGACUUUUCUUGACAAAACUUUGUGCACUAUAAAAUGUUCAUCAGGACAAGUUGAGGUGUGCAGCACUAGUGCCUAAAACUGGGGUUUUGCCAUUCCAAAUGACCAGUGGCCAUUUCUUCAGAGAGUCUCAGUCUUCUCUUUUGAAUGAUUUUUCUAUCCAAGGUUCACCAUAACAUUUAAACUCUUGGUUGCUGACUUUUCUAUGGUGGCUUCUUUUCUGCUUUCACAAUAUGAUGCCAAAGAGCAGAGAAAUUACAACCAACCAAACAAAAAAGUAGCACUGUGAUGUGAUAGACCAGAUUGCACAUGUAAGCAUAUGUAUAACUUUUUAUGUAUAACUUCUGCCAGAGAAAAUGAGAGAUCUUAUCUGUAUAUGCUGAGAGUGGGAUAAAGUGAACAAAUAUUUAAGUACUUUUGUGUUCACGUCGUGGGAGAGCAGAAGGAAAUAAUCUGAAUUUCUGGACCAAAAAUAAUGAAAUGACUGCUAAAUAGUGCAGAAGAAUAUUCUCGAUGUGAACGGAAAGGGAGUGUGAUGCCUUGCGCCAUUUUCCACAUUGGCUGUGGAAAAAUCUCCUAGAUUCAGGCAAGGUACGGACGUGUGGGAAGAAAGAGGGAAUGGAAAAUGAAAUAGAAAGCACAUCAAAGAGGUGUCUGUAUUUAUCCCCUUUUGGCAGGUGGAAAAACUGAGUUAGAGAAAUGAUUUACACAUAUUCCGCUUUCACUUGUCAUUUUCAGAGCCAAAAAUUACCACCUCCCAGUCCUAAACAUUAACCACAAGAGUACUUCUCUGUACUAUCCUAUCUGUUAUUUGUUUUACCUUGUUUUGAGUUUUAAGAAUGCCUAUGAUCUGCAUAAACGUGUUGAAACGCACAAUGAUUCAGAUGCCUACAGCUGCGAUGUUGAAGGAUGUGGUUUUACUUCAUGGACUUUACAAACCCGGAGACGGCACGACAAGAGAGCACAUGUGGUUUUGUGUAAGAGAUUCAGAUAUUGAAUUAAAGGCUGUCUGAAGUUUGGUCCAGCUUUAGACAGACUGUGAAACACUGUGAAACAAUCCACUUAGAUUUUGCUGUCAUUGUGGAAAACCUAAUGUAAAAGUGGCUUAAGUCUUCUUGUUUUUAUAGCUUUUACUAUUGGGGAAGUCUUGCAAUUCCAGAGUCUUUUAAGAACAUUUAUUGACUUUUUAAUUGUCUCUACUGAGGAAAUAAACUGUGCAUAAAUAUAUCAACAGCUUCAAUAGUACAAACAAGCUGUACUCUCCAUUUUGGCACAAGAAAAUUCAGUAAAUAGAUGUAAUUACAAA